CCGCCCUGUUGUACAUCAACCAUUGGCUUCGAAUAAGCGGUCUCGAGGCUGCCAACACCCAUCGCCAUGGCGACAAUCUCUUCUGAUCCACCCAAACGCUCGUUUGCAGCUAUAGCUGCGUCUGUAGCGACAGAAGACUCCUCAGCCCCAUCCACAAGCCGAUCGACAAUGCAGUCAAAGGACCAGUCAGCCGGCAAUACAACAUCACUGGCUAGCAAGCCCACCGACAAACCCACAGAGUCUCCGUCGCCGCCAGUCUCCUCCUCUCAGUCGCCCGGCUCGUCGGCUCAUGCUGCUUCUGGAGAAGACGUAGCCAAAGAUUUGGCCAAGAUCGCUGCCAGGAAAACUGAAGGUGCUGAUCAUGGGGUUGCCGGGGCUCAAAACGUCAACUCGUCUGCUGGCGUCCGAUCUCUGGUCUUUAGCAGGGCUAGCGGCUCGGACGAUUCUCAAAGGGCUGAUUCCAGCUCGGAGCUGGGGACCAAACCUCCUAGUUUAGAUGGGAAAAGCAUCACUUCCGGUACCACUUUUGCUCUCGAUGAGAAGGAGUCUCUCCGUCCCGAUGACAGCGCUAGUGUCAAGGCUGCUGCUGAGGAUGAUGACUCUUUCUCCAUUCGGGGGUCUCUGAUUGCUGGAUCUCGGAUGAGUUCAGAUUUCGCCGCCAGAGCAAGAGGCAUUCAGCUGGGCGAUAUGCCGGAGCGGCAAUUGGUGCAACCGGUGGUCGAAGCUCACGGGCAAGGCAUCCUAACCCCCCAAAGCACGUCGUCCGAGCAGCCUCCUCAGGAUUCACUGAGGAGUACAGGCGGAUCAUCGGAUGCCUUGAAUGUUAUCUACAGACAAGCUCCCGAUGAGAAGCUUCUGGAGGCCUUGGCGGCUCCAAGAGACCGACUCUUCCUCCUCAGGUUGGAGAAAGAUGUCAUUGAUUUUGUACAGGAUUCCAAGGAGCCAUACAUUGAUCUUCCUCCGUCGAACUCGUUUUGUAGAAUGUUAACCCACAAGUUGGCGGACUACUACCAUAUGACGCAUUCUUACGAGCGAAAUCUUGGUGCUGUUCGCAUCUUCAGGACCCCCUUUUGCCGAGUACCGCCCUCUUUGGCCACAAUGGUCCCCCAAACAACUGUUGUGGUCGGCAGCACUCCUCCUGCAGCUGUUCUUCCCAGGAAGAUCAUGCGCCGUGGACAGGAUGAAGAGGGCGGCGCUGCUAGCACAGGGGCUUCAAAGGCCACUUCGGAGAUUGGAAGCGAAUCCAAGGACAAGCAGCCGCUAGCAGCUCAAAAAUUGUCCCGAGAAGAGCGAGAAGAGAUGUACAAGGUGGUCAGGCAGCGAAUCUUUGGAAGCACCGAAGACACAACAUCCGAAGUCGACGGCGAGGCUGGCAUAUCCCGGACCAGCUCGGUUUCCGCCAAUAGGUCCUCUACCAGUAAAAAGGGAAAGACACCUAUCAAGCAGCGACGUGAUGAUGAUGCCGAUGGGUUCGACUCCAGACGCCAAUACACGCCUUACUGGGGCUCUCAGCAACAACAGACAUGGGUAUCUCAAGCACCUAACCAGUAUAUUCCCCAAGCCAGCGCGCAGUUUACUCCUCAGCCCGCCCCGUCUUAUCCUGCUCAGGUGGCGCCCAUGUAUGGCCAGCAACCCGCGUAUCCCGCUGUGCAAGGAAUGGCAUCGAAUGCAGCUCCACAGUAUCAGGUUCCUCCUCAGCAGUAUGCGCCACAGCCUGUUCAGCAACGAUACCCUCCCAACGCAAGUCCAAUGACAGCGUAUGGCUCGCCGAUCCUACCGGGCGUCCCCCCUUCGCAGAACUGGCAACCCGGCUUCAGUCCAGCGCCUUACCCGCCCCGGGGCCCUACGCCCAGCGGCCCUCAUUCACAGAACGGAAUUCCCUACCCAUUCGGCCAACUGCCAGCCAACACCAACCCGCAUGAUCCCAAGAGCCAGCACCCAAUCCCUGGAAGCUACAACAGGAACCACGCUUUCAACCCAAAGACUCAGUCUUUCGUGCCGGGAUCGAACGGGAUGCCACCGCCACCGCUGCAGCCCCCUCAUCCGCCCUUCACGGCGCCGGGCUCUCACCACAGCAGCCCUCAAAUCGGGACUCCCCAUCUGGCAUACGGUGGCUAUCCACCGGCGAUGCCUCCUCAUCCGUACGCCGGUGGGUAUAACAUGGCUCGGCAGGGCUCGAACAGCUCCAUUGCCGCAUACCACACUCCGCCAACCCUUGUCGCCCACCACGCCCAGCCCAUGAUGCAAAGCCUGCAACAUAUACCACCACCCCAGCAUCUACCCCAGAGUCAGCAGGCACAUGCUCUGGGACGAGCAAACAUCCCUCAGGGACCAAAUCAAAUGUUUAGUAGUAGUCACUUACCUACAUACGGGAACCCCGCCUCACUGCCGCAGAAGCCGGCUACUGGAAUUUAAUGAGCAUCUUACGGCGUUUGCCCGCAAAAAUGAGAAAGCGUCUACUCUUUUUCUUGUAUGACCUUGUUUUCUACUCUUUCCUUGUACUUGGGCGCAACCUC